GAGCCAGAAGGCUGCAACUGCGACAACAAAACCGAGUACGACCGUGCCGCUAUCAAUGCUGCGUGCACACAAGCAUUGAGCCUCGCAUCUCAAGGACAGACUCUGGGUCGUGAUAAGUAUCCGCAUGUCUACAGCGACUACGAAAAGUUCUCGUUCCAAUACGCCAAGAAGCCGUACCUCGAGUUCCCGAUCCUCGAAUUCGGUGUGUACAAUGACAACGAGUCGCCAGGAGCAGAUCGCGUCGUAAUCGACUCCAUCUCAACCGACUACAGCUCCGCAGUCUUCUGCGCAGUGAUCACCCAUGACGGUAGCACGAAGAAUGGGUUCGCUGAGUGCAAAGACGAUACUGUCAACACGAGUGGGAAGGGAACGUGGGAUACCGAGAAGACCAAAGGUAGAGGCAGAGAGCCGGGCCCUGGGAGACAGUUAUUGGACAGGAUUGAUCUGCAGGGGAGGCCUUACGUUUCCCUGCAGCCGAAUUCGUCUGACCAGUAUCAAUCAUAA